UCGAGUAAUUUAUCUCUCUAUCUCUAUUGUGUAUGUUGCACCCCGUGUAUUCUUGUACUGCUACCUAAAUUUACAUUAAGUAGGAACUUUCGAUAUGGUCAAAAAAAAUCUCUCCUCGGGCCCGGCGCAUUGUGUUGGGCGUGAGUCAACUCCGCGUUUCUACAACUCGCUGGCUAUUCGGAACACUUUCACCCGUCAUCCGUCGAUCAGCUGAACGACUCAGCAACAGCAAGUGAACGGCACUGUCAGCGACGGUCUGACGAUGGUGGUGGGGUGGUAGCACGAGAAGAGAAUCUUAUCGAACCGAAUUACUGUCGUUGACUCAAGUGAGUAAUUUGAGUCAAACGGAGUUUUGCUGCGUCAAACACGACUCUUGUCAAAAAAAGAAGAAAUAGAAGAAAACAUAAUUCGUAGGAAAAAAGAAUUAGAAGCUUAUGGAAGUAUGAUCUCUGUUCUACGUGCCCAAGGACCUUUAACAGAUGAUAAACAGAAGUUGUUGCAACAGCUGGCUAAGCUGUUACAUAUUUCUGAUGAAAGACAUCGCUGUGAGAUAAGAAGAGUUGCAAAUGAUCAAAAUCUUGCAGCAAUUGCAGAACACGUUCAUGGGGCAAAUACUGGUAUUGAUUGGUUGAUAGAAAGUCGCCGAACUAUACCUCUUUUGUCAAGAUUAAAGGCACGGACAGCUUUUACAACUUUAAACAAUAGCUUGUCUCUUGCAAUCUCGGCUUCAACAAGCAACAUUAGGCCUAAUGACUGUGUUAUUCCUGAAAAGUCUGAAGACUCGACAAGUUUAUCUGCUGAAACUGAAUCUCAACCAGAAGCAAAAAUAGAAGAAGACUUAUCUAUUGAUAAGAAAUUGUACAACCAUAAAAAUAUUGAAAAUACACAAGUUGUACAAGAAGAUUCCAGUUUGGGUAAAAAUAAGACAAUAGAUGAUAAAGUUGUUGAAGAGCCUAAUGUUGAAUUGAAACUUUCUAAAAAACGUAAAUCUCCUUCCCCAUUGCCAUCAGUACCACCGAAUAAGGUUAUUGUGCUAUCUGACUCAUCAAGUCACACCUCUCGAUCAUUAGAAAAUAGGCAAGAAUCACAGCUACUUCAUCAAAAUAUUACAUUUCCAAUUACUCCUGAUGAGAUCUCAGAUUUUAAAGAAAGCACGAAAGUAUCAGGACACUUGAAUAAAUGCGUCACAGUUACGCCAAAAAAACAUGUAGUUACAAUAAAAACCUCUACGAACAACACCAAUAAGUCUAAGAUGGUAGUCAGUACUAUACAGAAUAAAAAUACAAAAGUGGUAUCAUCAAGCGGUGUGUUGAAUGUUUCGCUUAAUAAAGCGCAAACGGAAAAUGAAAACACACAAAGCACUCAAAACAUAAAUUCCUCGCAUUUGUUAAAACAUGCAGUAGCUGGUACAAUAGUCUCGAGCGGUCCCGGACCGCCUCAACUGAAACAAGCUUCUGCAAUGUUAACAUAUAAAAAACUGCCAUCCGAACAAAUUUCUUACAGUCAUCAAUCUGCUGCCAAACCGAAUGUCACGAUAAAUUCUAAAAAACUUGUAAACAUGCCUCAGUAUUCUAACACCAAAUUAAGUGCUAACGUGAUUGUCAUUCAAAAAGAUGCGAAAGGUGUAACUUUAUCACACGCAGGCAAGGAAGUAUUAGGAAAAGUAAUAAUGGGAAGGAAGAAUCUGUGUAUUACGAGUCAGCAUAAUACAAAUUCAGUUAAUGUUCAAUCAAAUCAUAUACCUAUAAAUAAUGGAGAUCGAACAAAGACUGUGUUGCCGAUGACUACAAACUCAUCACAAAAAACGGAAUCCAUCAAAACGUAUAUACAGAAAGAAGAUGUUUCAGAUAAGGAUGAAGUUGAUUCGCAAUCUUUCAACUCAUUAAAUUUUAAUUCAUCUACGACUGUGGCGCAAAGCAUAAACUCUUGUUUGCCAAAAAGGGACGCGAUAAUAAUCGAUUGGAAAUCAUCUCUAAAAACAGAUCCCGCGAUUGCUUUCGCAGUGGAAGAACAGCACAAAAAGAAUAAAGAUGUCAACGCGAGCACGAAUUCUAAAAUAGUAAAUUUACUAAAUACUUCAUUAGAAAACAAGGAAAUACUCGUGGAAGCGAAACAUCUGUCUGGUACAGAAGAUAAUGCCGAAGAUAGCAAUCGAGAAGAAAAUCUUGAGGAAAUUUUAUGUAGCGCGACGUUAAAAUCAGCAGAUAUGAGUCUGGGGAAUUCUCAGUACGACGAUAGUUGCGUUUUAGAAGAAUCAUCGAGAUCGAUAGUGGAGCAUAACGACUCGUAACAAUUAAGUAAGUUUUAGCGUCAUACGUCAUCACAAGACAGACUGCUAAGCGUUUUUCAGAAAGAACUGAUAUUUUAUAUAUAUGAAAAAUAAAUGUACAGUAAUCUUUAUAUAUAUUCGGUUCGGCAAGUAAAAAAGGGUGAUUCUAUUGUUUUACUCAAAUCGUUAUAGCUGCGUUCUUAAUUUGUAAUUACUUAUGUUACAGAUAUAUUAUGUGUUACAAAUAUCCUUGCGCAGACAAAAAUAUAUUCUAAAGUACAUAGCUGCGUAACGAUACACGCGUUCAUAAUAAUGAAAUUGUUAUAAAUUAGAGAAUAAUAGACCAGUUGGGGCCUUAUUCUGAGAAUAAAGAGAUCAAAUGUGUAUCUUAAAACAAAGUAAAAAUACAAAAAGUGAGCAAAAAUUCACUAGAAUAUCAACAAAAAAAAAAAAA